CCUCGUGAUCUGGGCGGCAAUAAGGCGUCACAGGCUGUGUCCAAUCACAGCUGAUCACUGAUGAUCAGUGUGGCCCCAGAAGUGCCACCUGUCAGUGUCCAUCAGUGCCAGCUGUCAGUGCUGAACAGUGCCAGUGCCACAUCAAUGCCACAUAUCAGUGCCUACCAGUGCACAUCAAUGCCACACAUAUCAGUGCCCAUCUUAGCUGCCCUUCAGUGUCACCCAUCAGUGCCAAUCAGUGCCGCCUAUCAGUGCGCAUCAGUGCCGCUUAUCAGUGCCAGUUAGUGCCGCCUAUCAGUGCCAGUCAGUGCCACCUAUCAGUACCAUAUAUCAGUG